UUUUUUUAAACAGCAAAAGUGGUAAGAAAGGUUUAUGACUAAAGAUCUCUUCCCCAAUUGGGAAGUGCACCCCUUAGAGAAUUGCAAAGCUCUAGCAGCUUGUGUUGCUUUAAAGAGAAUUUCAGCAAUUGACACACGGAAAUUUGACGUUUGAUUGCUUCCUGCUUCUCAGUACCCAAAUAGUCUGAAAUAACAAGUGGCUCCUGUUCACACAGAUCGAGUCUCAGGGAAUCCGGUAUCACUCGAGGGUCACUCAAAAUCCUCAUCUUCCUUCGGUGCCUGCGAAGAUCUCAAUCUGAGAAAUCGAAAGUGUCCGGUGCUCAGUAAAGAACCAACUCCAAAGAAACCUACUUCAAUCAGUAAGGACUUCCAGAGGUGUCCCGAAAUUCUAGACACCUGCAAUGUUUCCUGCUUCAGGACUAGUUUUGCCGGGUAGAGAUGCUGGCAAAUGAGAAAUCUACCCCAGAUUCUCUGUCACUGUAAUUAAACUGCCCUCCACGAUUAAAUUAGGGUUUUUUUUUUGAAAGUAUUGUUUUCAGUACUUUUGUUGCUUGUAACUAUCUCUCCGGACUUUCUGAAGUGUUGCAAUCAGAAGGACCGUUCCCUGUGAUAUACAGAGCGGACUGAAUCUUCAAGAAUGGUGGUUUUCAGUGGAUCUCUGAAAGUGAAGAUCGGGGAGGCUGUGGAUCUGAAACCAACCCGAUGUGCCCUCAGGCAUUCAAUAUCCAGCAAAAGUUACCAGUUACUGGAUCCGUAUGUGAUGGUGAAGGUGGAUAACCGGAGGGUCGGACAGACAGUCACUAAACAGAAAACCAGCCAGCCUACUUUUAACGAGGACUUCAGCACCCAGAUCUGGCGAAGCAGUGAGAUUGAACUGACGGUUUUCCACGACACCCCCAUCGGAUACGAUGAUUUUGUGGCGAAUUGUACCCUACAGUUCGAGGAACUGCUGAAAAAUGGCACGAAGACCUUUGAAGGCUGGGUUGAUUUGGAGCCGGAGGGUAAGCUUUACAUCCUGAUAGAUAUGAAAGAGAUGACUUCUGAAGAUCCUGAGGAGCAAGUCCAAUGCAAUUCAAAUGAACGAGCAUUCAAGGAGCGCAUAUUUUCUAGAAAACGCCAAGGAGCAAUGCGGCGAAAGAUUCACCAGGUCAACAAUCAUAAGUUCAUGGCCACGUAUCUGCGCCAACCCACAUACUGCUCUCACUGCAGAGAAUUCAUAUGGGGAAUUUUUGGAAAGCAAGGAUACCAGUGUCAAGUGUGUACGUGUGUGGUUCACAAACGCUGUCACCAGUUAAUUGUCACAGCAUGCCCGAGAAUAAAGAAGGACAAAAAAGGGGAGGUAUGUGAACAAAGAUUUAGCAUCAAUGUACGUCAUCAAUUCAACGUCCAUAACUACAAGGUGCCAACCUUCUGUGAUCAUUGUGGCUCCCUUCUGUAUGGGCUGAUGAGGCAAGGGAAGCAGUGUAAAGUUUGCAAAAUGAACAUUCACAUACGUUGUGAGAACAACGUUGCCCCAAGCUGUGGAGUAAACUCUGUGGAACUCGCUAGGAAGCUGGCAGAGAUGGGACUCAGUGCAGGAGGCAUCUCCACUUUAAAGAGGAGGCAGACGAGGCAAAGUCGUCAAAGCCACGAAGAAAACGAGGCCCUAGGUAAUGCAGUCGAGAACAGUAACAGCCAGCAAGUACAACGUAAACUGGGCAUUGAUGAUUUCACCUUCAUCAGUGUCCUAGGGAAAGGUAGCUUUGGGAAGGUAAUGCUGGCUGAGUUAAAAGGCACUGAAGAUGUUUACGCUGUGAAAAUAUUGAAGAAAGACAUGAUUCUCCAAGAUGAUGAUGUGGAGUGUACGAUGACUGAGAAACGGAUCCUGUCACUGGCCAGAAAUCACCCGUACCUUACACAAAUCUUCUGUUGCUUCCAGAGUGUGGAUCGGAUGUUUUUUGUGAUGGAGUAUGUAAAUGGAGGAGAUUUGAUGUUCCAAAUUCAACAAGUACGAAAAUUCGAUGAGGUGCGUGCCCAAUUCUAUGCUGCAGAAAUUACAUCAGCCCUGAUCUUUCUGCACAACAAGAGAGUUAUAUACAGAGAUUUGAAACUGGAUAAUGUUCUGUUAGAUUCUGAGGGACACUGCAAACUGGCUGACUUUGGAAUGUGCAAAGAGGGAAUCUAUAAUAACUGCACAACUGGGACCUUCUGUGGUACACCUGACUACAUUGCACCAGAGAUUUUGCAGGAAAUGCAGUAUGGCUGCUCAGUGGACUGGUGGGCACUCGGGGUGCUGUUGUAUGAGAUGCUAUGUGGACAGCCACCGUUUGAAGCUGAGAAUGAAGACGAUCUGUUUGAGUCCAUCCUGAACGAUGAGGUCCUUUACCCAGUCUGGCUGAGUGAACGUGCAAUGGCCAUCCUGAAAGCAUUUAUGAUCAAAAACCCAAACAAACGUCUGGGCUGUGUCUCAGCACAAGGUGGAGAGCAGGCCAUUCUGAGUCACCCCUUCUUUCAAGGAAUUGAUUGGGAUUCACUUGAACAGCGAAAAGUCAAGCCGCCUUUCAAACCCAGGAUUAAAACAAACAGGGAUGUAAAUAAUUUUGAUCGAGACUUCACCACAGAAAAGCCUGUACUGACGCCAGUUGAUGAAUCCCUGAUCCGGAUGAUCAAUCAGGAUGAAUUUAAGGGAUUCUCAUUUGUUGCUGAAGAAGUGGGAGCUUGAAAUAUGAAUCUCAAUCCAUUGGUGAGAAGACAGUUUCAAAACUCUGACAAGUCCUGGCACAAGCAAGUGGAACAGUUAUUCCAAUGCGAUGACAGAGAAAAUUUAUUCAGGCAACAUCAUCAUUUACAGUUGCUGAAAGAGAACUGGCAUGCUAUUUAUAUUGAAUUUUGGUGUUGUGUAACUUUGUGACAGUAAGUGGCUUUGUGUUGUUGUCCAUUAUCUUUCCACCAUUCUGAAUGUCAGAACAGAUUUUCAUCAGUCAUUUACAAAUAAGUGUUGUUGCAGUGAAUCAUUACUGAACUGUGCAUCUAUCUUUUAAACUCAGCCAUUUAGAUAUUUAAUGAGCUCCGUAUUGAUAAGUAAAAACUGAAAUUUGUUACAAGAAAGCAAUUCUACACUUUCAUAAAUGGUAAUUGACUCUUUUCAGUGGCACUUUGUUUUCAGGGACCCACCUAUUUGUUUAUGUGGGCUGGAAUAGCUUGCAUGCCAUCAUACCAUGUACUUUGCUGUCUGCUUGAAGUAGCCAUUUUAAAAUUUGGGUGCAUUAUGGAGACACAUAGAUAUGGAAUGGAGAGUGGAAUCUUUCCUGUGCUUGUAAGUUAUAGCAGUUGGAAAAUAAAUGUUACAAAAAUGCUUAUUUUGUAUGAAUAUGGCAUCUAAGAUUAUAAUUGCCUUAUUUUUGGAAAUGCACAAUACAGGAGAUGUGAUGGCAUGAGCAACGAUAAACUGAUGACGUGUAGAGUUUUGUAAACCUGUGCAUGGGGAUGGGUAGGAGAGUUUCUGCCUGCACUUGAUAAUCCAGCAUCAUGAAUGACAUAUUACUGUUGUCCUGUUCAAUUGUACAGUGUUGUGGCUCAUUAAAGUUGACCAGAUUUUUUAAAAA